GCUGGAGAGGCUGGGGCUUGCAGGAUGAAGUGAAGCUCCCAUCUAAACUGAGCAUCAGCAAGUCUCUGAAGGAGGGUGAAAAGCUAGAGAAGGAAGGCGAGGGCGAGGAGGUGCCUGUGGGUGAGGACCAUGCAGAGGAGGACCACAUCCAGCUCUCCUCAGAUGAAGAGGUGGAGAUUGAAGAGAUUAUUGAAGAGUCACGGGCAGAGCGCAUCAAAAGGAGUGGCAUGAAAAGGGUGGAUGACUUUAAGAAGGCAUUCUCAAAGGAAAAGAUGGAGAAGACUAAGCUAAAGACCAAGGAAAACCUGGAGAAGACCCGCCAUAACUUGGAGAAGACCCGCCACAACCUGGAGAAGAGGAUGAACAAACUGGGCACCAAGAUUGUGACUAACGAAAGGAGAGAGAAGAUGAAGACCUCUCGGGACAAGCUGAAGAAGUCUUUCACCCCUGACCACACCAUCUAUGCCAGGUCCAAGACAGCCGUCUACAAAGUGCCACCCUUCACUUUCCAUGUCAAGAAAAUAAGAGAGGGAGAGGUGGAAGUGAAAGCCACGGAGCUGGUGGAGGUUGGUGGAGAGGAGGGAGAAAACUCGGAUCUGCUGCGUGGGGAGAGCCCCGAGAUGCACACACUGCUGGAGAUCACGGAGGAAUCCGAUGCGGUACUGGUGGACAAGAGUGACAGCGAGUAGGACAGGCUGCAGCGCGGAAGGGUUGUGGACGACGGCUGAACAUGUAAUCAUUCACAUUUCGAGAUCUCUCUCUGCCCUGGUGCCCCAGGGGAAGUGUACACAAUGCAUCUUUACUACCCUGCAGAGCCGACGCCAAUCCCCUGCCUGCUAGGACAAGGUGUAUUUUAUAUUUUAGUUUUAGCACACAGAAAUGUUAGGAACACAGGACUGUUUUUCUUACACUGUUAAAUCACCCUUGGAGACCAUUCCUGCCGCAGGCUGCGUAAGAGCCUUCUAGCACCAGACCUGAAGAUGGGCUUUGAGUGACGGGGACCCUGCCCAGCUGGAGAGUGCUAAAACCAAGAUUACAGCUGUACACCUGGAAAGCUCAAGUGUCCUCCAUAAGCAAAGACCUGGUGUCAAGAAAGCUUCCUGCCAAGCAGCCGCCGGCCCACGUCACCCUGGCUCCCUGUGCCAGGCUGCAUGGCUAUUCCCGCAGGCAGGAAGACUCCCAGCACCCAAGCUGGCCGCCCCUUUGGGGGAGCAGAGGAACUGUGGUGCACCCAGUGUGCGGGAGGGAAGAGCCGAGCAAGGCCUGUUGAUGGGCAGAGCACGGGCGAAGCUCAGCCAGCCGCGUGGCAGGCAGGCGGGUCUGCUCCUCUCUGCCCUCCCGACGACUGGAUUACGUGGCGGUGCCUGGGAUGGCUUUGCCACAAAGCC